GUCGCAACAAUGCCAGCGCUCUGAAAGGUGCGAUCAGGAGCUUACAAGCCUGUUGCCUGCAUGUAGCAAUCCUUGAACUGAUCAAGCCAGGCAUGCGAGGAAACUGGCUGGGAGAGAUAUGUGGCAUGCGAGCAUUCUGCAGUCGUUUAUUGUCGCCGUUCAAAGCUCCAUCGGGCCAUAACUAAAGAGCAAUUGUCACGAACGCCGGCUAAAGGAAAGAGAAAGCAGCGGUUUACGAGUCAUAUCAUAUCUUCACUAUUUGAAUAUACACAUCAAUCAGACGAUUUCCCUCCAUCUCAACAACAAGCAAAAUGUAUGUAUAACAUCCUGUCUGGAUAAUACUCUGUAUAAAAACACCUGUUGACAGAGCGUAUAACAUCGCGAAGGUAUCAGCGGAACCGGCGCCAGCGCCAGGCCCCAUCUCACCCAUCAUCGUGGUGGUGUUGAACGGUACAGCAUUCACUGUAGGCGCCACGCACGGAAGGGGGCGUUGAGCGAGAUGUCACAUGCUGUAAUUUGGAUCAAACAUCAUUUAGGCUUACACAUAUAGUCAACAGAACUCGAAGGCUUCCAUCUUCAAUGUAUUUAUGCCGUAUGAUAAUCGGAGGAAAAGUGAACACUGCACAAAUUGAAUCUCGCCAUCUUUAUCUGCUUCUGAAGUACUUUUGAACCAGGUUAGAGGCGAUCUGAAGAAAUCAUGUGAAAUUGCUACCAGAAUUUAAAGGCGACAGACAAAGCAGACACAUUUCAAAGAACAGCGAAAGGACUGAAGGACCACGGUUCAAAACUAAUUUAGCCACGUCUUUUAGAUGGUGACGUUAAAUUCGGUCCCCAAACGUAAAUAUCCAUUCCUGAUUGACACGCGACGGCAAAACCCAGUAAGCCACCCACACGCUAUUUUCUGAAGACACCUUUCUUGGCGAUACAGUAAUUAUCUAAUUUUGUUUGAUGAGAGACUGAUCAAAGAAACAAUGGCAGGAGCCGAGGAGGAGGCGGGCUUGGUAUCUGAUGCCGAUGCUGGUGUCAGAAGGGCUUACCGAAAGAGAAGUGAGAGCAGAAAGGUCUCGGCCCCAUCCGUGGGAACUACAGCUGUGCGAGUCCAGCUCAAUAAACUCAGCGAGAAAGAUGUCGCCGACGCGAAAAUGGCAUCGGUCUUCGGCGAUACGACUGCGUCAACGAAGACGCCUAUGAGAGUCAACCCUCUCUACGAUAAGAACGGUACGGUAGAGGUCAACGCCAGCGAGCUGAGAAGAAAACGAUUAGGGAGCGAGUCGGGUUCGACGACGAACGGGAGUGUGACGAGGUUGAAUCAACAACCGAACGGUUCUGUCCAUACAGUUUCGCAGAACGUGCCUAUGGGGGACCCGAUGGGUGGACCUAGCCCCCCUCCCAUCGCGUACGGGGGUAACUUUCAGCUGAGGGGUGACCGUGAUGGACCCCCUAAGAGUAGUGCAGGAGGCCCGGCGGAUCAGGUGACAACUCAUGGAAAAGUCAUGCCUGCAAGAGUACAGAAGAACACAUUACCGCGAAGUUACCUUCCCCCAACCAUCCCUUCGGCGAGUCCGUUCAUGACGCCCCGUCAAUCAGUCACCGGCCUGGAGCCUAUCACACCUCGACCUAUCGACAAGGCAGAGGUCGAACACGUGAUGAGACAAGCGCGGAUUCGACGGUGGUGGCGAUGCAUCCUCCUCGCCAUCAUUGCUUUUCUCGUCUUCGCACUCGUAAUCAUCCUCAUCGUCGUCUUCCUGGCCAGAUGAUCAUGUAGUGGUCACGUGAUGGGCGUAGCGUCAGGUUGCCAAAAAUGAACUCGUAAUUCGAAUCUUGGACCUUGGAUUCAUUUUCUCCUAAAUACUCUGCAGAAGAGUUUUGACUGAAUGCGAAAGGAGAGACUGAAAAUGGAAAGAAAUAACCUCGUAUGGCAAUUCUAUUCUGUUAUAAACGUGAUAUUGUUAAACUGGAUGCAAGAGUCAGAAGCAAGAUAGAACAAUCGUUGAAAUUCGGAGAUCUUCGGUCUCUGGAAUGACAUAAAUCGAUUGCGAUCAUUGACAUUGUCGUGCAGAAUUGAACUUUGUCUUUGUACCAGAGAGUACAAAAGCUAUAAACCUAUAAACUUAUAGUAAGCCUAUUUUGUAUGGCACGGUUAACCUUGCAAUUAAACUGAUUGAAAGUAUGAUUGCUGAACCUCGGCCCUACGCUGCAAUGUCAUUUAAAAAGGCCCCCAGUACUUUGAUUGUUUGAAUAACAAACAUUUUUAUUUUAUUUUGAUAUAAAUUAUGAUAAAAAACACGAACGCAACUAUUUUCAACAAAAAACUCAAGGACAAUUUCAAUAUCCCAUUGUAAAAUAUAAAAUUAGAAAUCAUGCUUGAAUUACUUAAUACGUUAAUGUAAUGUUCGAACAUUUCUAUAGAUGACGAACAAGGCCACUGCAAUUGACUUACGGUUGAUUUGUCUAAAGUACAUAGAGUAGCGAUCGUGUUAUAGGCAUAUUAUCAGACAUCUCAAUUUAUACUACGACACUACGUAAUACUGAUUGUAAUACUUAUCGAGGAAAUAAAAAUCUUCCAUACAUAACAUUUACUUUAGAAACGGUGCUUUUUGUAGAAAACAGUAAUGCUAGAAGUAUUCCAAAAAAUACAUAAAUACGUGAUUGUCAAUACAAUGAUUCCAUUGUAAUUAUGAUAUAUGUAUUGGUAAACCUCUCCGGAAUUUAUCUUUGUAAAAUUUUUACUCUGUCAUCUUAACAAAGAAAGAUAUUUUAAUUCAAAUAUAUCUCUUGAUGAAAAUAAAGCUGCAGAAGUAUGUCAAACACCUUUCUCCUUUCGCCAAUAUUAUCAUUGGUAAAUAAACUAAAUAAUAUACACAAAAUAUGGAUAUUAUUUUACUUCUUGUGAUUAGGUGUUAUAGGACAAUUUUAACAAAUCAAAUGAAUUAAUGAUUUGUUUGUCUGUCUUUUUGAAAGAAAUCGGGGAUAAUAAUAUGGUAAAUUAUGUACAAUGUAUUUUUUUUUAUCGGUAGAACCUCCUAAAUUUCACUGCCUUAAAUUAUCAUGGAAUUCUAAAAUGUAAUGCAUUUGUGAGGGGUUUUAAAUAUAUAAGUCAGUCCUUAAGAUUUUUCCUUGCUUUACAAAGGAUGCGUUUAAUCUUUUCCCCGUCUUCUGUACUAUUUACUUACCACAACAAUUCAAGUUGCAUAAAACUUGUCUUCUUUUUUAAAA